GUGUUGCUUAGUUUCCUUGCGAUGGAGCGUGCAACAGUCAAAGGGCGGGUGAAGUAUUCUAAAACUUCCUGCUAUCUAUGCAGCGAGUGGUUGGAUGAUAAUGCUGUCGAGAAACAUUUGCUAUAUUGCCGUCAGCAACAAAUCGUGUGCCCAAAUCGUUGUGGUGCGAUCGUACAGCAUAAAACGCUGCAGCUACAUCUGAACAGUUGUCGUGCGAGCUACGGUGAGCCGAAAACGAGUAAGAACAUCCACAAAACCACUGCGAGAACAAGUAACACCAUGUCGCAGAAUGAACAAAACGACGAAACUAUUGUUAAUGAUGUGCUGACUGUAGAAGAUCUCAUAUUCUCUUUGGAGAAAUCCAUACGUGAAAUUAGGUAUGCUAUUUCCGGAAUAAACUUCCGUAUGUAUUAUGUGGAAGAGCGAGUGGAUGGACUGGCUAAAGCUUGCAAUGGACUGUCUGCGAAGCUGUGCGAAAUUGCUGCUACCGGCGGCGAAGAAAUAAAUCAGGAACUGGAGGACAUAAAGGCUAAGUUGUCGCGUCUCGCAAUUUCGCCAUCCCUUGGCAACAUUAUUGGUGGAUCGGAAACGUCACCAAAACCUGUCGAGGAUGCACGCGCUCCAGCCGAAUUGGCGAUUUAUGAAACAAAAAUUAAAGAGCUAGAACAACAAGUAUUGAAAUAUCGCCAGGAGAACUAUUAUACAAAGAAGCGUGUGGAUGAUAUCCAGUCCCACCUUAAGAUGGCCUAUUAUCAAGCGGGUCUGGCAAGCCAAAAUGGGCGCAUUAUUUGGCGCAUAAACGAGUUUGCGAAGUGCCUGGCAGAUGCCAAAGAGUUCGGCGUAAUGAUGCGCGGUCCUAUCUUUAGCCAUACUCAGAAUGGUUAUAUUCUGCAGGUAGAGGUAGGCCUCGAUGGCAUAGGCAACUGGCGUGGCCGGAAUAUGGUGAUCGGUGUGGUAGUGCAGCCGGGGCCCUACGAUACCUUGCUGAAAUGGCCGUGUCGACUGAAUGCCACACUUAUUCUGCACGACCAGGCAGAUGAUCGCGAACAUAGGAAAAACAUUAUAAAGCCCCUGGUGGUUAAACAAAAAUUGGAAGCGGAACGUUCGAAGCAAUACGUGCACAUUGCGCACGAAACCUUGCGCGGUUGCAGUUACGUCCGGGACGAUUGCCUCAUGCUGGAGGUUAUAAUAGAAAGCGAGGUUGGCUCUAGCAGCAAGUAGGCAAGUCAGCAUGGUAGGGUUUUUGUAUUUCAUCUGUAACGGGCGCAUCAUUAUUCUCACACUGCCACGCAGCACUAAUCUUACCAACCACACUCAUCCUGCUGGGCACGCCUGAAAGAAUGCUCUUACAAAUUUCCUACCGUCCAUUUGUUUGAUGGGUU